AUGCUUCCCCCAAUAGCCCAAUUUAUAGCCACAUUCGCUCUCUGCAGAGCAUCCCUGAUAUCCGCCACCACUCCACCGAGCCAAAAUGGCUACACCCUCACCUGGUCCGAUCCCUUCACCGGCGACCCGAACUCUCUCCCCUCCUGCUCAACUUGGACCCUCAUAACUGGCAAGCUAUCCUACACCUCCGAAUCCGAAACCUACACCUCCUCCCCUUCCAACGUCCACCUCAGCUCCACGCAAACCCUCCAAAUCGUCCCCCUGAGAAACUCAUCCGUGGAAACAGGCUGGACCUCAGCCCGCAUCGAAGGAAAAUCCACAUUUACUCCCAAGCCCGGUUCCAAAACCCGCGCCGAGGCCUCGAUCCGGUUCGGUGAUAAUGCACAAUCGACUAAGAAGGGAUACUGGCCCGCGUUCUGGAUGCUGAGUAAUGGGACGGGGACGGAGAACGGGCCGAGCUCGCCGUAUUGUGGGGAGAUUGAUGUAUUGGAGGUUACGAAUGGGGAGAUGACGGGGUAUGCGAGUGUGCAUUGUGAUGUGGCGGAAGGGGGGAUAUGUAAUGAGCCUACGGGGUUGUCGGGUUCAGUUGAUUAUCCGGAUUUGAGCUGGCAUACUUGGGGGGUCGAGUUUGAUCGGAGGGCGGACGAUUGGAAGGGGGAAGCUAUGAAUUUCUAUAUAGAUGACCAGAACUACUUCCAGGUGACGGGCAGUCAGAUUGGGGAUGAGACAGUUUGGACUUGUCUAGCGCACAGCCCAUUGUUUUUUAUAUUGAAUAUUGCGCUGGGUGGUGAUGCUGGCAAGCCCGACAGCUCAACCCAGGACGGAAACGGGGCAAGGAUGGAAGUGGCUUAUGUUGCGGUUUAUGAAAGCUGA